AUGAAUAUACCGCAAAAACUUCUACGCGUGGGACACACCCAUCGGUUCUACUCAUCCUCUAUCCCCGACAAGAACUCCAUCUACGUUCUCUCCAUACCACUAACAACGUCAAGGUCGUUCAUCUAUUGCAACCACCGACCCAUCCUCAUUGGCAAGGCCCUGAAAGCGCCACUCAUAAGCAAGAUUGAGAGCAGGGCCGUCAACAUUGCUACAAAAGGAUGGAACAAGUUAGCGUCGUCCAAACUUACUGUCAACGUCAAGAUUGUCGAGUGGAUCCGCAAGUUGCUUGCAACUAUACCGUAUGAAGAAAACUGUCUCAGGUCGUUUCCCAACAAAGAGGCAAUGAUUCGAGAGAUUAACGAAGAGAGCUUGCACUUGGUGAAACCAGUGGAGAAGAAGGACGAUAGUGAAGGGGGAGGCAUUGUUGUGAACCAAUCGGACAUCAAGCAGUUGAACAUACCCGCCAGCCAGUUGAAGCCAAUUCCUUUAUACCAUGCCCAAUACCAACACCCGUCAAUCAUCCUCGACGAGUUGGUCCGUUUCCGCAGCGACAACUACAAGAAGCACAAGAAAGGAGCCGUGUUGUGCGCCAUUGGCAUACCGUUGUCGUUGCCGUUUGCAUUGGUGCCAGUAGUGCCUAACGUGCCCGGCUUUUACCUCGCCUACCGCUUGUACUGCCACGUGAAGGCGUUAUUGGGGAUCAACCACUUGGACUAUUUACUAGACAACAACAUGGCAUCGCAACACAUUAGAUUCACUCAACUUCCACAAAUAGACGAGGCGUACGGCGAGCAAUUGGGCGAAGAUGGCGCAGAUGAUACUUUCGAACGGCUUCUCAUCACCCCCGAGAUAAUAGACACACUCGUUACAAAAUUGUCGUUGGAAAACAACGUCAAGGACGACUUGACAAAAGCGUUGAUGCAAACAAAAAAGAGACUAAAGAAGAAUAUCAAAUUAGACGAUCAGGUUGAAUAG